GUCUCAGGAGUCAGACAGUCCCGAGAUCUUAUUAUGAGGGAACCAUUAGAAGUUCUUGCUCCAGUGGAAUCAGGGAGUGUGUCCAUCCAAUGAGGUUUAAUUGUGGGCGGGGCCAUGACUGGCACUCCUUAGUUCUGAGACAGCCCAUUGGACCACAAAGUCACCCAUCAACCAUGGUUACAUCCAAUCAGAGGCCAAGACGGCAUCACUUGAGGAGGAAGCUCCGACCCUCACGGAUCUUUGGGUUUGUGCUGAGCUUGUUCGCCUUUUCCCUGCUCCUGUGUUGGAAUGCCUUUAGAUUUGGAAAUGAGCUCCAGCAUCAAAGAACUCCCCGCUCCACCCAUCAGGAAGGAGAGGAGCAUACGACGCUGGUGAUUGAGACCCACGCAGAAUAUCCUGAGGAUUUAUUUUCUCUGGAGCAAAGGCGUCAGGGGGCUGUGGUGCUACACAUAUUUGGGAUGCUGUACAUGUUCAUCGCGCUGGCCAUCGUGUGCGACGAGUUCUUCGUUCCAGCCCUUACUGUCAUCACAGAGAAGCUGAAGAUCUCAGAUGAUGUAGCAGGUGCUACCUUUAUGGCAGCUGGAGGCUCCGCCCCUGAGCUCUUCACAUCUGUUAUAGGCGUGUUCAUCUCUCACAGCAACGUCGGGAUCGGUACCAUCGUCGGCUCUGCCGUCUUCAACAUCCUGUUUGUGAUCGGCAUGUGCGCGCUGUUCUCGCGCGAGAUCCUCAACCUCACCUGGUGGCCACUCUUCCGUGACGUCUCCUUCUACAUCGUGGACCUCAUCAUGCUCAUCUUCUUCUUUUUAGACAAUUAUAUCUCCUACCUGGAGAGCAUGACGCUGCUAGGGGGCUACUUUUCUUAUGUGCUUUUCAUGAAAUUCAACUCCUUUUUUGAGGUGUUUGUCAAGAAACUGAUUAGCCGGAACCAGGUGGAUGAAGGCGAGGCCAUGUCCAAGGGUGACAAUACUGAUGGGAACCAGCUCUCGACCAAGCCCCACCUUCAGAGAGGUGUAAGCUCCGCCUCUCUGCACAACUCCCUGAUGAGGAACAGCAUCUUCCAACUCAUGAUCCACACACUUGAUCCACUCAGUGAAGGAAAAUUCAAAGACAAAGCUUCAAUUUUGCACAGGAUUGCAAGAAAGAAGAGACAAGAGGAAGCAAAUGGCACUGUGAAUAAGAAAUUCUCUAAAAGUACCAGCGUGGAGGUAGAAGUCACUCCGCCAAUGAACGGCACCCUAGCACAACAGAGUGAGGAAGAAGAGGAAGAUGAUGAGGAACAGCCUCUCAACCUAGAGUGGCCAGACACAACCCGAAAGCAAGUGAUGUACCUCUUCAUUUUCCCCAUUGUCUUCCCACUGUGGCUCACACUGCCCGACGUCCGCAGAAACACAUCAAAGAAGUUCUUUCCCGUCACGUUUCUGGGUUCCAUCAGUUGGAUUGCUAUCUUCUCCUAUUUGAUGGUGUGGUGGGCUCACCAGGUUGGAGAGACUAUCGGCAUUACGGAGGAGAUCAUGGGUCUGACUAUUCUUGCAGCAGGAACCUCCAUUCCAGAUCUCAUUACCAGCGUCAUCGUAGCCAGGAAAGGUUUAGGAGACAUGGCUGUGUCGAGCUCAGUGGGUUCCAAUAUUUUUGAUAUUACCGUGGGGUUGCCCUUCCCGUGGCUGCUCUACUCGCUCUUUCACAACCUGAAGCCAGUGGCGGUGAGCAGUAACGGCUUGUUCUGUGCCAUCGUGUUGCUCUUCCUCAUGCUCGUCUUCGUCAUCGUCUCCAUCGCUGCCUGCAAGUGGAGAAUGAGCAAGCUGCUCGGCUUCUUCAUGUUCGUGCUUUACUUCAUUUUCCUGGUGGUCAGCGUCAUGCUGGAGGACAAGAUCAUCACCUGUCCCAUCUCCAUCUGAGGAGCUUCAGGGGAAUGUUUGUAUUACAAGGAGACAUGACACUACUUCCCGGAGGAUGCACUGGAUUCUGAGGGGAUUUGAGAUGAUAUGCACAAAGAAAUUACAAAGAAAACUACAGAAACACCAGAAACUACACCAAACAAGAUUAUACAGUAUCUCAGUAAUCUGAUUAGAAAAUCAAAAAGUGCUUAAACAUUAAACAGACAAUACACAUGAUUACUCAGAACACUAUACAGGACAUACAUGAAUGACUUGACUCGUAGCUUGUAAUUACAGAGAAAUUACACACACAAAAAGCCAUAAGUAAAUUUAUCCAUAAACUACAGUGCAAUUUUUUUUUUUUAAUUAAGCAAGCUACACAAAAACAUCCAGUGGAAUUGCACAAGGUACACAGAGACAACAUACAAACUUACUCAGGAUGGCUGAACUACACAAAAACUACACAUCAACACCAAGAAACCCAUCAGGACCAGCGCUUCAUGUGAUGUUUAAAAGAUGGCACAUUAUUUUAAUUUAAAAAAUAAUAGUAAAAACUUUUUGUUUACUUUUCCUGGGAGAUUAACACAACGGACACGCACAUGUGCAGCAGAUUUAGACUGUUCUAAUGAAUGCGAUAAAAAAAAUGGAUUGAUGGACGGACGUGUGGAAACAGGGAAGUAAAUUCUCCUCAGGGAUGUUCACAGGAAAGGCUUCAGGACUGAGACAAUGAAUCAAGCCUGAACCUGAACACUAGGACGGCGCAAUUGGAGCGUCUCCUUUGGUGGAGAUGAAGAAAUAUUAUUUUGCGUAUACUUUAUUAUUUGAUCAUGGUUGUUUUAUUGUUAUUUAAUAAUCAUUAGAGUUUAAAUUUGUAGACUGACAUAAGUAAUAGGCAUGCAUAUGUUU